GACUAUCUGACAUAGUGACAGCCGGCUAAUUCAGAGUUGAAUCAUGUUCACCUCAAAAUUAUUACGACGCUGUGGUACGCCUCUGCGCAGUUUUACAUCUACUACGAGUCGAAGCCAUGAAAAUCCUUUGGGCCUCCCGUUUCGUUCGCCCCCUGCACCCCAAAUGCCCCGACGCGGCGGGCCUAUCGAGAAACGACGUAUACCGCACGUAAAGAAGGCAGUCGUUGUAGCAAGCGGAAAAGGGGGCGUGGGCAAAAGCACAAUAGCAGUCAAUCUUGCCUUUUCCCUUGCAAUGCUGCCUCAUCGACCGCGAGUUGGCAUACUUGAUUUGGAUAUUUUUGGACCUUCUGUACCCACCUUGAUGGGAUUGCAGCAUUCAGACGACCCACUCUUAACUUCUGCUGGCGCUCUCAUCCCCAUAACAAAUCAUGGCAUUCCUACCAUGUCCAUGGGAUAUCUUGUCCCGCGGCCACCACCCGACUCUACAGAAUUCGAAGGCGCAAUCGUCUGGCGUGGCCUCAUGGUUCAAAAAGCCGUGCAGCAACUUCUCUUUGAUGUUGACUGGCGGGAUGCUGGGGGAUCUGGUCCCGGGCUGGAUGUGUUGAUCAUAGACAUGCCGCCAGGGACGGGAGACGUUCCUCUUACACUGGGACAAUUAGUCGUUGUUGACGGCGCAGUUAUUGUCUCGACCCCGCAGGAUGUCGCAUUGACGGAUGUGAGAAGAGGUAUUUCUAUGUUCAAAAAGAUUUCUGUUCCGAUAUCGGGUCUCAUUCUCAACCAAGCGUCCUUCCUAUGUCCUUCUUGCAACACCGCGCACGAGCUAUUUGGACCUCCAACUAAUGCAUCGCGCCUAGGGAUCCCACUCCUGGCGCAACUCCCUCUAGUUGGGGGUGUAAGCUGGGGUGGAGAUCGCGGGAUUCCAUACGUCCUGGAAGGUGGAAAGGACGGCAAGGCGGGAGAGGUGUGGCGAGAUACGAUGAAUAAGGCGGCAAGCAAGGUUUGGGCAUUAGUUCAGGGCUGAGUGCGGUGGCGAUCUGCCAGGCAUGGUCACCCUAUCCUUAGCUCGACCUACGUUUUGUUCGGAAAUCACCAAGCCAAAAUUCCGCGCAAGUAGUAUCCCCUGGAAUUUGUCCUGAGGUAACACUUCAACCAUGAAGGAUAAUUUACGUUUGUUUACACCCCCAUCACAUUGUUAUAUGGGAAGCCAUGCUCC